UCACCCAAUAGGAUUGUGCAAAGCGUCCUAAGAGGACGUCACGUCCGGUCAGUACUGCCGCCGGUAGGUGAAGCUGCGGCUCCGGUUCUCCGUUUUCCGCUUCAGCAGCGCCGCCGGUGAACCGACAGCAUGACUUUCGAUGUGCGGAGAUUCGAUAUCUACAGGAAGGUGCCCAAAGACCUCACCCAGCCCACCUACACCGGAGCUUUCAUCUCCAUCUGCUGCUGCGUCUUCAUGCUCUUCCUCUUCCUCUCCGAGCUGACGGGAUUCAUCGCCACAGAAAUAGUUAAUGAGCUCUAUGUUGAUGAUCCAGAUAAAGACAGUGGAGGGAAGAUUGAAGUGAGUUUAAACAUCAGUUUGCCAAACUUACACUGUGAUUUGGUGGGUUUGGAUAUUCAGGAUGAGAUGGGGCGUCAUGAGGUCGGUCAUAUUGAUAACUCUAUGAAGGUGCCGCUGAACAGUGGAUUCGGCUGCCGCUUCGAGGGAGAAUUCACUAUUAAUAAAGUUCCUGGAAAUUUCCACGUAUCGACGCACAGUGCGACGGCGCAGCCGCAGAAUCCUGAUAUGACCCACAUCAUUCAUAAACUCGCCUUCGGAGAGAAGCUUCAGGUUCAGCACGUUCAGGGAGCUUUCAACGCCCUCGGGGGAGCCGACCGCCUGCAGUCUAACGCUCUGGCGUCUCAUGAUUAUAUUCUGAAGAUUGUUCCUACAGUCUAUGAAGAUUUAUCAGGAAAGCAGAGGUUUUCCUAUCAGUACACCGUGGCCAAUAAGGAGUACGUGGCCUACAGUCACACGGGACGGAUCAUCCCCGCCAUCUGGUUCCGAUACGAUCUGAGUCCAAUCACAGUGAAGUACACCGAGAGGAGACAGCCAAUCUACCGCUUCAUUACAACCAUCUGUGCGAUUAUUGGUGGGACGUUUACCGUGGCCGGGAUUAUUGACUCCUGUAUAUUUACAGCCUCUGAGGCCUGGAAGAAAAUCCAGAUCGGAAAAAUGUCCUGAUUUCACCUCGUUUACCGUAUUUAUACCACAGUGACUCUCCACAUUUACACUGAACCAUGUUUCCCCUUUAAUGUUCCAUUCCAUCGUUUCACACGACCUGCUGGACCUCCGAGACUCUUCAGGUCUAAACUAAAAAGUUACUGAAAUGAAGAACAGAAUGAUUUUCCACUUUGUUGCCAUAUUUUUGUACAUGUUAUGAAAACGUGUUUCUUUUUUUGUAAAUUUCUCAGUAUGAGCGUUUCUGUUCAGCUCUGAAUGUUAAGUGUAUUUAAAACACAAAUUCUAUGUAUUUCUUUCACAAAAAGUGUUUUUUUCAGAAUCUGCCAGUAUAUUAAGACCUGAAGAUUAAAACAUAAAACUUAAACAGGACACAUAUAGAUAUUAAGUCAUCAUGACUGUUACUCGGGUUCUGUAAAUUAACCAGAUUACAGUAAACAAAGAGGAUUUUAAUCAGUGGAAACGCUGAACUGUUUAAAGCAUUGAUGACUUUACUGUUCACUUGGUUGCAGAAUUGGCUUGAAGUGCCUUAAAAGUGUUUUAAAAGUUCAUGAAGAUAAAAUUACUCAAGAGCUUAUAGAAUAUUAUAGAGGGUGGCUCCAGCUUGGCGUUUUUUUCUCGUUCUUUCUUUUAUGGUUACUGGUGUUUAGUUUUUUCUGUUGGAAAUGAGUUAUUAUGGGAAAGCUCUUAUUACCAAAGCGUUUCUGAAUGAAGGUUUUUUUAUGUGUAUUUUACUUUGUAAAGAUGUUUUUUUUUUUGCGCUGUAGCUGUUUAAUUUCUGCUCAGUUCAUACAGUUUAAAAGUUGCUUUUUUAGAUGUAUUUAGUUUAGUUUCCUGCCUGUUUUACCCUCAGCCCAAAUCACUGUUACUGACUCUGAAGGUUCCAGCAGAACUUUUCCUUCUGUUCUGGUUAAAUAUCAGGUUCAUGUUUUGAACGAGUGCCGCUGGUUAAGCUGCUUAACACAGAAAACAAUUUAAAUUCAGUGUUUUUUAACCAGAAGCCUGAAACACUUGAAGGUACAAACAUUCAAAACUAAAACUAAACAGCUGAGACAAUUCAGUCUGAUUUUUUGGUAAAAUCUGUUGCCCUGUGGAUUUUCGCCCGGGUUUCUGCCACUGUUUCAUUUACUCUGAUCAGAUAAAAUUACACAAACAUGUUUCUAAUUUCUGUUUGGUCAUUCCUGUUUCUCCUCCACUUCUUUUUAUCACUUUCUGAUUCAAGUGAAUCGAGCAAGAACAUAUAAAAUCAACAGAAAUUAAAAUCCAUUUUUACUGCUGUG